ACCCCUCUCUCUCUCUCUCCCCCUCAGAUGUCUGUCACGGCCAAGAUAUAAGCCUCCAAGCUCUCCAGUCUUCCUACCUUCCAGUUUUAUUCUAGUUUUAGAUGUCUGGAAGUCUUGUUCUUUGGUGGGGUUCGGGCUUGAAUUUCUUCGGUUUCUCCUCUGAUUCUGGGUACAGAGGUUUAGAGUUCAUCGUCUUUAUAGGGCAGUUGAUCUUCUUAAAACUGAAUCAAAUGUGUCCAGAGAGUUCAGACUUCGGAGUCAGCCUGCGAGACGAUUGGAGUCGUUCGAGUGGGGGAGAGGGUGUCCGUGGAUCGUCAGAGUAUGAUGAUUGGAGAGAACUUCUGAAGAAAGUAGAGAAUGCCCAGACAUAAUCGGAGCAUAGAGGGUACGGUUAGGGGACGCUGCAACAUCAGAAAACGGGGCUGUUCGUCGUCGUCUUCUUCGUCUUCGCUAGUGAAGAAUUACAGGAUCAAGAGAGCGAUUCUGGUUGGGAAGAGGGGAGGAUCGAGCACGCCGGUUCCGACAUGGAAGAUGAGCUCGAGAUCCCCUUCUUCUCUGGUGGGAAUCGCUGAGUCGCCGAAAUACCCCCCGUCUCAUAGCAGUGGUAAAGGAAAGCAAGCUCCAGUGUCAGCGAGGAAGCUCGCUGCCACUCUAUGGGAGAUGAACGAGAUACCGUCGCCUAGAAUGAAAGACGUUUUGGAGGUGAGUAGGAUCAGGAAAGAGACGAGGAGCAGAGAAAGGAUGGCAAGCUCUGUUCAGUCGGGUUCUCUGCCAUCCCAUUUAUCAGAUCCGUCGCACAGUCCUGUUUCAGAGAGAAUGGAUCGCUCUGGGACUGGUAGUCUCCACAAAAGAACAUCAGCAAUUUCGCAUAGGCUUAGCCAUAAUGAUCAUGGACCUUUCGAUUCUCUAAGCAAUGCUAGUUUAACAGAGAUUGGGACAAGAUCUCGAGCCAUGACUCCUACAGGAUCCAUUUUAGGAGUUAAGACUCGAUUGAAGGACGUUAGCAAUGGUCUGAUCACUGCUAAAGAACUUCUCAAAAUACUCAACAGGAUUUGCGGUCUUGAAGAGCAGAAUGCAUCAAGCAUGUCCAUCGUCUCUGCCUUGCGUGCUGAGCUUGAGCGUGCCCGUUUGCAGGUCGAGCAGCUUAUCCUAGAACAGCGUUCUGAUCGGAAUGAGAUCAAUUACCUUAUGAAGCGUUUUGCGGAAGAGAAGUCAGCAUGGAAGAACAAGGAGCAAGAAAAGAUUCAGGCGGCUAUACAAUCCAUUGCAGGAAAUCUUGAGGUAGAGAGGAAGCUGAGGAGACGCAGCGAGGGCUUGAAUAAGAAGCUCGGAAUGGAAUUGGCUGAGACUAAAGCAUCUCUUGCAAAGGCAGUAAAAGAACUGGAGAGCGAGAAGAGAGCGCGUGAGAUACUAGAACAUGUCUGUGAUGAGUUAGCCAGGGGAAUUGGAGAAGAAAAAGCAGAGAUGGAAGAACUGAGGAGAGAGUCUGAGAAGGUUCGUGAAGAGGUGGAGAAGGAGAGGGAAAUGCUUCAACUAGCUGAUGUGUUGCGCGAGGAGAGAGUGCAGAUGAAACUCUCAGAGGCUAAAUAUCAGUUCGAGGAGAAAAAUGCUGCAGUUGACAAGCUGAGGAGUGAGCUUGAGGCUCUUAGGACAAAAGGGGCUAAAGAAAAUGGAACCAUCUCUCAGAAUAGUCGGGGCAAAGCAGAUGUAGCAUCCCAUCUGAGUAGAACCCAUUCUGGUUCUUAUGGGAAAGAAGACGGAGAGGACGAUGGAGAAGUUGAAGAUGGAGAAAACCCAGAAGAAGACUCUGCAGAGAGUGAUCUUCAUUCAAUAGAGUUAAACAUGGACAAUAACAACAAGAGCUACAGGUGGAGUUAUGCUAACGGUGCUACUCAAGGGGAUCCAAAGAGAGUUUUUGAGGAAGAAAUUAAGGGGAGAAGGUCUACCUCUGAGAAAAUGUCUAGGGGAAGUAGCUGUCUGGAAAGAGGCGUCUCAGAAGGAAUUGAGUGGGAUUUCAGUAAUGAUCAGACUUUUCAGAACCAUGGAGAUGGAAUCGAUUGGACAAGGUUCUUGGAGCAUGACAGACAGUACUAUGAAGAUGAAACCCAGAGAUACAAAUCCGUGAAAGGCCUGAGAGACCACCUACUUUCUGGCUCGAGGAUAGCAUCAGCAAGGGACUUUGCCAGUCCAACACGGCAAUGGAACCAACCAUGGCCUUCACGAGACUCAAGCAACUCAGCUCGUGAAAGGCUAGCAAUGGCUCAGGAGAGUAGUUUGAAGGCCAGGCUAGUGGAAGCUAAAGGGUUGGAAGGCCAGACUUCAAGACGUUCAAGAGGGUAAUAGACUAAUGGUAAAUGGUUUCUAUAUUCUUCUGUCCAUCUCAUCCAAUCCAUCUGAUUGCCUUCCUGUAGAGAUAAGCUUACCUCCUACUAAUGGCUGCCCAAUUUGCACUACUCUGUUGACAUUGAAACAUGAAACUGUUAAUAGACUUCAGUAAAGUUAUGUGAGUCAACUUGAGGCACUUGUGUACAAAAACUUGUUCUAGUGUUAAUGAGCAAUGAUCAUCCUACCAGUAUCAAAAUUUUGGAGUUCUA